AUGAUGAUAGAGCACGGUGUACCGCCACAGCUUCCGCUGCUGUUCGACCCAACGCCCGAGAACGUGCUCAGAGAUGCCAGGAAAACCAUCACAGCGACUACAGCAGAAUGGGACAAGAUUGUCGAGACCGUCCUUCCAAGCCAGGCAACAGUUGAGAACACCAUCAUUCCCAUCGCACAUCUCGAGAACGAGACGAUGGCUGUGAACGACGUGAUCUACCUGAUGGCCACGACACAUCCCGACAAGGGGAUCCGUGAAGCAUGCAAGGCAGCCAAGAAGCUCACCGACGAGGCAGCAGUAGACCGCUAUCUGCGGAAAGACAUGUUUGCCCUGGUCGAUGCCGUGCUCUCUACAACCACGGAAACAUCUGUCAAGCCUGAGACGUAUCGGUUCCUGACCAAGCACCACGCAGAAUUCGCCGAGAAUGGUUGUGAUCUGGAGGGUUCGGCCAAGACUCAAUUCGAGAAUGAUCUAAAGAGACUCGAAUCGCUGAAAAGGGAUUAUAUCUCGAAUCUUGACAAUGACACCUCUGGGAUGUGGUUCAGUCUGGAAGAACUGGACGGUCUUCCCAAGACGUUCAUAGACGCCCUGAAGAAGGGUGAUGAGGAACAGGAGGGAAAGUACUGGGUGGACAUGAAGAAACCACGUUGGGAGAGAAUGCUCAAAUUUGCCAGAUGUGAGGAGACUCGGAUGCACUACUUCAUACAACACCUGAACCGGAUACCAUCCAACAUACCGCUGGCGCGUGAGAUCGUUCUCGUACGGGAUUCUCUUGCUCGGCAAAAGGGCUCGAAAUCGUGGGCGCAGCUUCGGAUGUCCAACAAGAUGAUGAACGACCCAGCUGCUGUUCGAGCUACGCUGAGCCAAAUCCAGCGCAACCUCUUUGAACUUGGGCAGAAAGAGGCAAGCGAGCUCCUAGCCCUGAAGAAAUCCGAUGUCCAGUCCAAGAACAAUGAUGACACGCAGCUCUUCCUGUGGGACAUUUCAUACUACAACAACCUACGCCAAGAAAAGACAAGAUCCGUUGACACUAAGUCGAUCAUGGAAUACUUUGAGCUAAUGACAGUCAUCCGCCAUAUCCUAGAGCUAUAUUCGCGUCUGUUCGAGAUCGAAUUCGAACUCGUGACUGAGGAACGUGCUCAAACUCUCCACGGAGAGAAUUCCCCGAAGAUGAAGUGGCAAGAAGAAGUGUUUCUCUACGCCGUUUGGGACCUGAAGUCAACUCCCUCGUUCAUAGGUUACAUGUACUUUGAUCUGCAUCCACGUGAGGGAAAAUACUCGCAUGCAGGACACUUCAACCUUCAGAAGGGAUUUGAGCGGCGGGACGGCACUCGCGCAUACCCGUGUUCUGCCCUGAUCAUGAACCAAGCCAAGCCCACAGGUUCGGAUCCCUCGCUUCUCAGCGCCAACGAAGUCCGUUCCCUGUUCCAUGAAGUCGGCCAUGGGAUCCAUAAUCUACUCAGCGUUACUACCUUUGCGCGCUUCCAUGGUACAAGGGUUGAUCGAGAUUUUGUCGAGACGCCGAGUAUUCUUUUCGAGUAUUUCCUCUGGACACCUGAACGCCUCCGUGAGGUCUCUCAACACUACUCAUACGUGUCUCCCGAGUACAAAGAUGCGUGGAAAUCACGACAUCCAGACGAGCAAGAUGUGCCCCCCCAGCGACUUCCAGAUCACUUGAUCCAGGCAGUCCUGUCGACAAGCACCUCAACGCUCUCGAUUUUGAGAACGUUGCACUUUGCAUUAUAUGACAUGGCAGUCCAUGAUCCACCGAGCGCGGAAGCACUAGCUAGCAUGGACCUCUGCACUACAUAUAACAAGUUAUGGUGGGAGAUCGUCGGGGUUCACGGAGGAGAGGCGCUUGCGCAGGGCAGAUGGGAUUGGGCGCAUGGCGAGUCCUCCGUGAGGCUGUUGAUGGCAGGCCGCUAUGAUGCUGGCUAUUACGCCUACACCUUGGGACGUAUGUGGGCACUUGACAUCUUUGAUACGUAUUUCCGAGAGGAUACGUACAACAAAGACGCUGCUCGGAAAUACAGAGAGCUCCUCCUGAAGCCUGGGAGCAGUCAGCCGGAGUGGAAGACGUUAACCAACUACCUGGGACGUGAGCCUCGGCCUGAGCCUCUGUAUCGGUGGCUCGGCGCUGCAAGUAGCUGA